UGAUGAAGCUUUUUCUUCCAGACAUUAGAUGGUGGUUUAAAUGUUAUUCAGCUGGAGACUGCUGUUGGCGCUGCCAUUAAAAGUUUUGAGAAUUCUCUGGGAAUAAAUGUACCCCGUAGCAGGUUUCUGCCUGUCAAGACCACGUCUGAUCUUCUACUUGUGAUGUCCAAUCUAUAUAGCCUUAAUGCUGGAUCUUUAACAAUGAGUGAGAAAAGGGAAUUCCCUACUGUGCCACUGGUCAAACUGGGAAGCUCUUUCACCAAGGUUCAAGAUUACCUGAAGAGGUUUGAAAGUAUACCAGAUAUGCUAGAACUGGAUCAUCUGACUGUUUCAGGCGAUGUCACAUUUGGCAAAAAUGUUGCAUUAAAGGGAACCGUCAUCAUCAUUGCAAACCAUGGUGACAGGAUAGAUAUCCCACCAGGAGCUGUAUUGGAGAACAAAAUAGUCUCUGGAAAUCUUCGGAUCCUUGAUCACUGAUCCAAUAAGUGAACUAAUAGAGAUGUUGGUAAUAUUUCCUAGUUUCACAAGUGGAAGAACCCAUAGGCAUUAGAUUUGUACACAGAAGGUCUCUAUACUUAGCUAUCCACUCACUGUACCAACAGUAUUAUUUCUAAGUAAUUUUUCUGUACUUUCUUAACUGAAAGAAUAUUUAAGAUGCAGAUCUUUAAAUGAAUCUAUAAUUCAGCUAAUAUAAUCUAAAGUGCAAUAUUGUUUGUCUUAAGAAAAGGCAGACAUCUCUUGUGUAAGAUGUUUUAAGAUGCUGAUGUUCAAUGAGUUUUGAAUGGCUUGUAACUGAAAAAGCUGUGAAAUACGCUGUUAACUAUUAAGUGCAACCACCUUAUAAAGCAUAAAUGGCACCCAUGAUAAAACACUUAGAUGAUUUAUUAAUAUGGCACAUAAGCUGUUUAAAAUGUCUAGUACUUAACUGUUAACAUUGUCUUCCUUCCUGCAGUUAAUACCUUCAAGCUAUAGUACCAUCACAGCAACGAUAGCAUUGCUCAGUUACCUCACUUUUAUCCUUCUCUAAAGCUGGAGUUAUUGCUCUCUGUUUACCCAAAGAAGAGACACCUUAGAAUGUUACUCCUUUACUGUCACCCCUCAUCUUCUAGCUUCUCCUACUUUUUAGCUAUUACUUAAGAAAUCCUAAAUGUACUUCUAAAUAGUGGAAAAUAUCACCACUUCAGUGUACUUUAUGUUCUUAGAAUUAAAUCAUGUUUUGCUUGUUACAAAUGUGGAAACAAAUUCCACAUCUGGAAGGUACGGAAAUAAAUAACAUCAAGCCCCCUG